UGACACGCCUCUUUUUCGCGACUGUUUUUCGCGUGUACAAAAGCUAACGCCACAGAAGCUGAAGCUUUCUUCAGCGGCUAAAACAGUUUUUUUUUGCUACGUCUUAAAAGUACGAAAACAUUUUUAAAAAUGUCUGGCUCUCCUAAUGGUAAGUCUAGUUUUCAUUAACAGCCAUUUUAAAUCAAAUUUGUUUAUGUGUGAUCACGAGUCAUCCCAUUAUUUGACAGGCAAUUUGAUGUUCUGUGCACAGAGCAACGGUUAUGAGACGAUUGUGAACGAAAUCAAAGCACUGAACGCGGGCGCACGCCCUCCACAGCCUAACGUUGCGUACGAGGUACCGGGGGUUAGGACUGACAUCACACCCGCGCCCGCGAGCGCACAGUCGAUUAGUACGGUGAAGGGCCGAGUCGCGAGAGAAAACAGGGGAUCGCUCUCUUGUUUAAGACAACUUGUUAACCGGUACCCGUCCGUUACAACUGCGGAACGACAUGAAACAGCAAACAGUGCUAGACACGGAACACCAUUAGGAAGAAGAGUGGUUGUGACAGCGCAGAUCCAUUCACCACCGCAAAUAUCUACUAAUUCUACACCUGUUGAUUGUACGGGGAGUUUUGCAAACAGUAUACCUCAAGCAGUUGCUGAUGCAGGUGUUAGAAGACCGUGGGUAAAAUCAAGAUCACACCAUGAACACCAGAAUGUGACUGCUCCCCCGGUUCAGCCCGAUAGACAAAAGACUGUAGACCCCUGUGAGAUCGACGUGAUACCUAACACCCCCGAGCGAAAACGUCCGAGACAAUCAACUCAACCAGAAGACAAGGAGCUCUGGGACGAGCAUUUUGCCCAAGCAUGGGAUGGAUGUGAUAUGAACGUCCAAUCUAAUGUGGAUCAGGAGAAGAAUUUAAAUCAACCCACAGACACUGUUGAAAACGUCGCCGAUUCAGAUGAUGAUGAUGCAGACAAGCUUCCUUCAAACCAGGAGGAAUACAAGAACCAGCAGCUGAACGACACAAACAAUGACAUUUUGAACACUAUUGUCAAGAACCAAGAAAGAAUUAUAGAGGACCAAGCACGUCAUAAACAGCAGAACGACGCAAACAAAGCCAUUCUGGACACUGUUGCCAAGAACCAAGAACAUCAUAAACAGCAGAACGACGCGAACAAAGCCCUUUUGGACACAGUAGCCAAGAACCAAGAAAGAAUUAUAGAGGACCAAGCACGUCAUAAACAGCAGAACGACGCAAACAAAGCUGUUUUGGACACUGUUGUUAAGGAGCAGCAGAAACAAGGGAUCAUCCUUAAACAUAUUGUUGCGUUACUAAAACGUCAUCAUGGUGCACAUGCUAAGACGGCCUGUGAUCAGGAAAUGACUGUAACGCUGUUAACUGAACUGCUGGAUCUUUUUAAAUAACUGUAUUGGUGAGUCCUAUUUUCUUUACCCAGUUUUUUUUUUCUAAGUGUGUAUUAUUUUUGUCACAAGUGUGCAUAGAUGUGGUUUUAUGAUUAGAUUUUUUCCUUCUUCUACGUUUAGUUGUGUGGUGUGUAUUUUGUGAAUAUUUUUAAAUAAAUUAGUGUUAGAAAUGGCUGCAAAACGUUGUCGGGAGUCAUGUGAUGGUGAACAAGAUCCACCGUUAAGGGGCAAUAGGGAUGAUAAUUUCCAAAAUCAACAAAACACCACAGAAAAGCUACUCAGGCUCAUACAGACUGUUGAUGAGAUGAAAAAACACAAACCGUCUAAAUUGUUAAAAUUAAUAAACAGGGUACAAUCAAGGGCAGAGCCUCCUCCAGAACCGGUUUUUGAUUUUGAACAGUUUUUAAACUCUCAACAGCUAGACGAAGUGUCAGAACCAGUUUUUGAUUUUGAACAGUUUUUAAACUCUCAACAGCUAGACGAACUGUCAGAGCCUGUUUUUGAUUUUGAACAGUUUUUAAACUCUCAACAGCUAGACGAAGCCCCCGAACCAGUUUUUGAUUUUGAACAGUUUUUAAAUUCUCAACAGCCAGAUGAGGUACCAGAACCACGACCAUAUCCAAUUUUUGAACAGUUUUUAAAUUCUCAACAGCUAGGUGAGGGAGCAGGUACCAGGUCACAUCACACACUUGACCUAACAGACCCCUGCAUGGGUCUCACUCAAGCUGAAAUAGAAACACUUGUAAGAGCGGGUGGCGAUGUGGCCGGAUACACUGUAGUACCACGAGGGCGAUUCAAUGGUUUGGAAAUCCGCAGGCUUAUAAAUCUAAGGGAAAUAUCUUCUACACGUCUAUCAGACUACACUGUGUUUUUACAUGACACGUUUUCCGAAAUAGUGGCGUUUUCCAGAUUAUUAGGUGGAGAUGGUAGUUUAAUUAACAUCACUUUGAGCGGUCCUAGCUUGACAUCUGAUGUUAAUACACUCUUGUCAGCUAACAAUGAUUACAGUGUCGAUCUCUUCAUCAGUGAUCUUGAAAAAAUCAUGCAAAGCAACACAGAUGUACAGUUUGAUGAGUGUUUAAAUUUAAAAGUGUCUAUAGCAAGAAGUAAACAAGGAGGUGCUCGACGAAAAUUAAGGGAACUAGCCCACAAUCAGGUGAUUGAUAAGAACAGACUUAAUUUGUUCGUCCCCUCAAACAUUGCAGGGGAAAACAAUCUUUGUUUUGCAAUCUGCUUAGCACACUUUCUUAACCCUCAGAAACCACACACUGAGUUAGUGUCCGUAGCAUCAGCAUUGCAGGAGUCUGCAGGAUACACCGAUCAGCAUAUGAUAUCACUUAAGGAUAUUGCCCAGUUUGAACGUAUGUUGAAUAUUAAAAUAGUGGUCUUCUAUAGAACGAAUACAGGAAAGCUGGAGAAAUAUGCAAACACAGAUGUACCGCAUCCUAAAACAGUGUUUUUGUACCUGCACGACAAUCAUUAUUUUAUGAUUAAAAAUCUGAAGGGGUUCGUAGGCACACCAUACGUGUGUGAGUAUUGCUAUCAAGGGUUUACAGCACAGCGAGAUCACAGAUGUCAAUACACUUGUGAUGUUUGCAACGAUUCUGAAUGUCAUCUUUACCCCAAAAAAACAAAACACUGCGGUGACUGUUUGAGGUACUGUAGGUCAGACUAUUGUUUUCAGAAGCAUAAAAAACCACCUCUAGGUCAGAAAUUUGCACAGUGCGACGUUACCAAAUAUUGUGGUAAAUGUAAUAAACGUUACCACGUCAGUGGCGUCAACCCCAAGCCACACAAAUGUCCAGCGGAUUGCUGUGUUCACUGUAGUGAGGUUUUGGUUACCGACGGUGUGCAUCAGUGUUUUAUUCAACCGGUUAAGGUGAAGGAGCCAAAUAAUCGCUACAUUUUUUUUGAUUUCGAAACUCGUUAUGAAAAUAACAGACAUUUUGCAGUUUUUGUAUAUGCGAUCACGUUUGAGGGAGAAGAAUUUUCGGCCGAAGGUUCUGAUUGUGUAGAUCGUCUCAUUAAGAAAUUCAGACAGCCUCGUUAUAAUAAUUACACAUGGAUUGCACAUAAUGCAUCUGGAUUUGAUAAUUUCAUUCUUUUGGAAUACUUCACUAAGAUGGGGAUCCCUCCUAAAAUUACAAUGCAAGGGUGUCGUCUAAUCCAUAUGUAUGACGAGGCAUUCAAACAGAGAUUUAUCGAUAGUUACAGUUUUAUACCCAUGCGUCUAGCCAACACACCUGCUGCUUUUAAUCUGACCAACUCUGUGAAGGGUUAUUUCCCACAUCACUUCAACCGUGUUGAAAAUGAUUCAUAUGUCGGACCAUACCCUGCUAAAGAGUUUUACGGAUAUACGACUAUGUCAAACAAAGACAGAAUGGAGUUCGAUGCAUGGUAUAGUACUAUCUCCGACCAAGUGUUUGAUUUUAAAAAAGAACUAGCAAUUUAUGGAAAAAAUGAUGUCGUUCUGCUGAGGGAUGUAUGUAUGAAGUACCGUGAUGAAUUCAUUCUGUGUACAGGGUUGGACCCUUUUAAUUACACCACUCUGGCAUCCACCUGCAUGGCUAUCUAUAAAACACACUAUCUCCCAAAAGACACAAUAGCACUGACACACAACAGCGCAUAUAUCAAUCAGAACAAAACAUACUCGAACGUAUCAAUUGAAUGGCUUGAAUAUAUCAGCAAAUCACGUUCAGUGGUUGUUCAACACGCUCUAAACUACGGCGAGGUGUCAUUCGGCAAGUAUUAUGUAGACGGUUUUUAUAUCGAUGGCACAAAUAAAAAAGCAUUAGAGUUUGCCGGGUGUUUUUUUCACGGUUGUGAACAAUGUUAUAACCCCAAUGAUUUAAAUCCAUUAUUGAAGGUACCUUACGGUCUUCUCAAAAGACAGUUUGAUGACAAGAUUGAAAUUUUACAGAAUGCAUACAAUCUUCAUACCGAGAUUCAGUGGGAGUGUAGCUGGACCCAUGCUAAACAAUCUGAUGCCGAUGUGAUUGCGUUCAUGUCCGUCUAUAAACAUUCUGAGAGAUUGAAACCCCGCGAAAGUUUGUACGGCGGUAGAACAAAUUCAUUCAAGUUGUAUCACAAGACAACAGAGGGUGAGGUCAUACGGUAUGUGGAUUUCACAAGUCUCUACCCGUUUUGUCAGGCCACAAAGUGCUUCCCGAUAGGUCAUCCCCAAAUAAUUUUCAAAGAUUUUGAUAAUCUUGAAAAUUAUUACGGCCUUGUUAAGGCUACAGUACUACCACCUCGAAAGCUGCUUCACCCUGUACUACCCUACCGCGCAAACAAAAAAUUAACUUUCCCGCUCUGCAGGUUGUGUGCAGAACAACAGAACCAGACACUACCAUGUAUGCACACAGAUGAGGAAAGAGCCAUCAGUGGUUGCUGGGUAAGCAUUGAAGUGCUAAAAGCUAUUGAAAAAGGCUAUGUUGUGGUAAAUUUGGAUGAGGUAUGGCAUUUUCCCCAACGAUCAGAUACACUGUUCCGUGAUUAUGUUAAAACAUUUUUACAGUUCAAACAGGAGAGCUCAGGGUUUCCAAAAGAUGUGGUGACCGAUGCAGACAAAGAAUCUUAUAUCAGAGAUUACUUUGAAAAAGAAGGGAUUCAGUUGAAUGUGGACAAGAUUGAACCGAACCCUGCGCGUAGAUCGAUAAUGAAAUUGGUCUUAAACUCACUCUGGGGGCGGUUCUGCCUUCGUGAGGGUUUACCUAAAACUGAAAUACUUACAGAUCCGGAACAAUUUGCACGACACAUUUUUAGUGCAGAGUACGACAUCAGACAUUUCUCAUUUGUGUCAGACACUGCGGCAAUUGUACAGUGGUCUUACCCCGAAGGGAAAGCCCCCCAGACUCGCGAUGUCAAUGUCUUUAUUGGUGCUUUUACAACUGCCCAUGCGCGUUUAGAACUCUAUGAGCUUAUGGACAGGCUGGGUGAUAGGUUGCUUUAUUGCGAUACCGACAGUGUUGUUUUUACAACCAGAGAAGGUGAAUAUGAACCGCCACUAGGUCCAUAUCUCGGUGAUCUUACUGAUGAAGUCGGGCCCGGCGAUCAUAUUACCCUCUUUACCAGCACUGGCCCGAAAAGUUAUGGUUUUGUCACCGCUAUGGGUAAGGUUUGUAUGAAAGUGAAAGGCAUAACACUUAACGCUUUAAACUCCGAAGCCAUCACAUUAGAUUCAAUGAUUGGACUUGUUAAGCAUUAUGUGAAGGGGAGGGGUGAUAGCCGUCAUAUUCUUGCACACAACGACACUAUUGUGAGGGAUAAAAAGGAUUUGACGUUACACAAUAAGUCAUUUGUAAAGAAAUUCAGAGUUGUGUACGAUAAGCGUGUACUGCUCCCUGACUUCACUACACUUCCAUAUGGCUUCUGACAACGUUUUUGGUGGGGGUGUACAUGACACAGAAGGGUUUGACAUUCGACUCCAAUGUCCUUUUUCAUUGGUUAUAGCAGGCCCAAGCAACAGUGGUAAAACCUUUUUUGUAAAAAUGUUGUUGCAAAAUGCAGGAAAGUUGAUUUCUAAAAAAAUUGACAAUAUUGUUUUCAUUUAUUCUGUAUGGCAACCUUUGUAUGAUGAUUUGUUGAAUAUGUAUGAUAACAAUAUUAAAUUUAUAGAAGGAAUUCCACAAACUUUGGAUGAUGAUGUUUUGUUUCCUGUCAAUAAAACAUCCCUCGUCAUAAUUGACGAUUUUAUGCAGGAUGCUUCCAAUAACAAGCAGAUUGAGAAACUUUUUACAGUCUAUGUACAUCAUAAAAAUCUGAAUGUUAUUUACAUUCUACAGAAUUUAUUUUUUCAAGGUAAAUCCAGCAGAACUAUUAAUUUGAACACAAAUUAUCUGGUUGUCUUCAGGAAUUCGAGAGACGCUGCACAGAUUAGUAUUUUAGCUAAACAGAUGUACCCAAACAACUCAAAGUUUUUCAUGGAGUGUUAUGAAGAUGCUACUGGCUCCCCCUACGGUUACCUUUUGAUUGAUUAUAAAGCAAAGACCCCCGAACAGUAUCGUCUCAGAACUGCAUUACUUUCACAACAUCCUGUUGUAUACCUCCAGAAAAAAAAAAAACGUAACUGAUUAGGGUGAAAAAAAGAUGUCUGGGAGACUUUUAAGAAACCACUCUCUUUUAAAGCUGUUAUUAAAAGCAACACCCAAACAAAGACGUGUUAUUUUACAGGCAGCCACAGAUGAGUUCAUUUUAUGUUUGUGUGAAUUAGCUCUUAAUGUUCUCCACGGUAAUAUCCCGCUCACACAGCAGCAACACCAGAAGCUGAAAAGAAAAAGAACUGAAAUCAAAUUUGUUGCAGAUAAGAAAGUCGGAGUCAAAAGAAAGAGACGGUUGAUUAACCAACAAGGCGGGUUUCUUCUUCCACUUUUAAGUGUUGCGGUCCCUUUCAUAACCAGUUUGAUCGCAUCUAAUAAAUAAUGUCAGGGAUGGAACAUGCUGAGAAGAUGUACCUGGUUCCACAAAGACAGCUGGAUAAACUAAAGGCAGGUACCACACGUGAAUCUAUACAUCAGGUAGUGGAGAACGAUCUGGAUAUGACCAUGAGGGAUAUUUUGCACAGGAAUGAUCUGGAACCAUAUGAAAAGGCAAAGAUGUAUACAUCUGUAUUGCAGAGGUUUUUAACAUUAUCCAAGCUGGCAGACAGCGAGACCAGCACACUAACAUUAUCACUUCCAUCAACUGCACAAGCUGAGAAAGAAGAAGAACCUGCGGAGUCUACGGGUAUGAACACCCAGUAUGUUUUAGAUGUUAUUGCAGAUGAUGUUUUGAAGAAUGUCCCACAGAGGAAUGAAAAAAACGUUCGCUACAUUUUGGAUAAAAUGUCUAAAAACAAAGAUAUUGCUUCUUGGACAGCGUCGGGAGAGUUUGUAUUUAAAGGUAAAACCAUCCCUGGUUCACACAUGCUGGAUUUAGUUAAAAGUGUCAUGGCACCGCAAAAGAUUCUUGACGAACGGAGACCUGCUGGGUGGAAUGAGUUUCUGGAGGCAUUUGCCUGUUUAAACAUGCCUUAUUCAACGGUCCCUAAUCACUAUGUUAGACAUACGAUUAACUCUUUUAAAACCAAAUCGACACCUCCAAUAACCAAAUCUUCUAAAAAACGUAAAAAACGUGAGGUAGACCAAAGUACCACAUCAGGACAGUUUAAUUAUCCACAAGAUGGUGUAUUUAAAUCCCCCACUCUUGAUCGUAGCAAAUGGUUACAUUUUUAAUCUCUGAGUUUUUUAUUUAUUUUUUUUUUUUUUUAGAGACUGCGUUCUCAUUUUUUUAUUCACCAUGUUAUUGAUAUUGUUGUGUGUGUGUGUGUGUAAAAUAAAGAGUUAUAACAAGAAUUUUCUAUUUUGUUUUUUAUUAUUGUGAAAUAUUAAACACUUGACAUGAACAUUUCACCCGUUUGCACACACUGAACACACUUGAAAACAUUUUCAUUACAUUGAGAUUGUUUUAGUUUUUUUACAAAAGCAGACACACGUUUGUCGUUUUUAAUCAAAUCGUCACUAUAUAACUUUAACACAUAAUCAUAAUCACGACCCCUUGCCAUGUGAUAGAGAAAGAACACACAAUGCUGUCCGCAGGUAUCUGAUGAAAAAUCCUGGACCUGCACAGAGGAAUAUUGUACCACUCUAGAAUUCAGUUUUA